AUGUUCGCCAAGUCACUCGUUCCGUUCAACGUUGCACUAGUUGCCCUGGUGGCAGUCUGGGCAGUAGAACCAGUUCUAGGUCGCGCCGUGGCUCCUACCCCCGUACCGGAGAUGAAGCGCGACUGGCAAUCUUACGGCGAAAGCUUGGGAUCUUGGGGCGAGUCCGUCGGAAGUAGCUGGGCAUCUGUCGGCUCCGUGAUCGGCAACAGCUAUGCGUCAGAAGGCAACUCCAUUGGAAGUAGCUGGGCAUCUGUCGGCUCCGUCGUGGGCAAUAGCUAUGCGUCAGAAGGUUACUCCAUUGGCUUAUCCGACGCGUCAACCUGGCUUAAGAGCCACAGCCUUCAGGGUACCGUCACAAGCGUUGGCAGCCAACUUGCUACCGUUAUCACCUCGGCUGGUGGAUCAGCAAUCACUCUUGCCGCCUCUGGCUCUCCUGGAUCCCUCAUGACCGUUGGAGGAGCUACAGUUACCGUGCUCGCUGCCAGUCCAACUUCGAACGCAGCCACUUCUAUGUCUAACGCCGCGGGCUCCCCGCUCUACAUGGCAGCCCUAAGCAUUGUCGGUGGUGCGGCGAUGGGUGCUCUGUUACUCUGA